GAUAAGGAGGCGGGGGUAAAGUCGCGGAGAAGGAAGACACGUCGUCACGUUCCGAUAGAAGGCGAGAGAGAAGCGGAGGUGAAGCGGCUGUUAAUCUGCACCCCCUCGCCUGGUUCCUCCGGCCGCUCAGAGCGAACAGACCCCGGUAGAGGUGACCUGUUUCCCCGCCCCGAGGUGACGCUGGAGAGCGCGAGUGUUCCGGAAUGGGUUCCCUGUUCCGGGGUGAGGAGGUGUGUUUGGCCCAGCUGUUCCUGCAGUCCGGCUCGGCUUAUGAGUGCAUCAGUGAACUGGGAGAACUCGGGCUGGUGGAGUUCAGAGAUCUCAACCCGAGUGUUAACACGUUCCAGCGCAAAUUCGUCAACGAGAUCAAGCGAUCGGAGGAAAUGGAGAGGAUUCUGGGAUAUCUGUUGAGGGAGAUCAAGAAAUCAGACAUCGCUCUGCCUGAGGACGAGGUGAACCCUGUGGCUCCGCUGCCCAAACAUGUGAUGGGAAUUAUGGAGCAGCUUCAGCGGUUGGAGCUCGAGCUCAGUGAAGUGAUGAGGAACAAAGAGAAGCUGCAGAAGAAUCUUCUGGAACUGACCGAGUAUUUGCACAUGCUGCACAUCACACGCAACUUCCACUGCACUCCCGAGCAGAGGGAGCCUAUGCGGGCCCAGUAUGAGGAGUUUCCUUUCCUGGAAAAAGACUCAGCGAUGGACUACGCCAGCAUGCAGAGGCUCGGGGCCAAGCUCGGGUUUAUCUCUGGUCUGAUCCCGAGCGUGAAGAUCGAGGCGUUCGAACGCAUGCUGUGGCGAGUGUGUAAAGGAUACACCAUCCUCAGCUACGCCGAGAUUGAGGAGAGUCUGAGAGACCCCAACACGGGCGAUCCCACCCGGAGUGCCGUGUUCCUCAUCUCCUACUGGGGCGAUCAGAUUGGACAGAAAGUGAAGAAGAUCUGCGACUGCUACCACUGCCACCUGUACCCGUACCCAAACAGUAACGAGGAGAGGAACGACGUAGUCGAGGGUCUUCGCACUCGUAUCCAGGACCUGCACACGGUUCUGUACCGGACAGAGGACUACCUGAGGCAGGUGUUAAACAGGGCCUCGGAGUCGGUGUACACAUGGGUGAUCCAGGUGAAAAAGAUGAAAGCCAUCUACCACAUCCUCAACCUGUGCAGCUUCGACGUCACUAACAAGUGUCUGAUCGCGGAGGUCUGGUGCCCCGUUAACGACCUACCUGCCCUGCGGAGGGCGCUGGAGGACAGCUCGAGAAAAAGUGCCGCAACUGUUCCUUCGUUCGUCAAUCGCAUCCCCAGUAACGACACUCCGCCCACGCUCAUACGCACCAAUAAGUUCACCUCCGGAUUCCAGAAUAUAGUGGAUGCCUAUGGAGUGGGCUGCUACAGGGAGGUGAACCCAGCUCCGUUCACCAUCAUCACGUUCCCCUUCCUGUUUGCUGUGAUGUUCGGAGACUUCGGCCACGGCCUUAUCAUGUUCCUUUUCGCCUUAUGGAUGGUUCUGUACGAGAAGGACCGCAAACUGAAGAAAACCAGGAACGAGAUCUGGAACACGUUUUUUGAGGGACGCUACAUCAUUCUGAUGAUGGGGAUUUUCUCAGUGUACACCGGGUUCAUCUAUAACGACUGUUUCUCCAAGUCGCUGAACCUCUUCGGCUCCGGGUGGAACGUCACAGCCAUGUUCGACAGCGGAGUCUGGGACAACAAUACGGUUCGCUUCAACAGCUUCCUCACACUCGACCCCAACGUGUCCAACGUCUUUAUCGGCCCGUACCCUUUCGGCAUCGAUCCGAUUUGGAACCUGGCAUCAAACCGGCUCACGUUCCUGAACUCUUAUAAGAUGAAGAUGUCAGUGAUUCUGGGAAUCGCCCACAUGUGCUUCGGCAUCGUCCUGGGCGUCUUCAACCACCUACACUUCAGGAGGAAGUUCAACCUUUACUUGGUCUUCUUGCCCGAGCUCCUCUUCCUGCUCUGUCUCUUCGGCUACCUGGUCUUCAUGAUCAUCUACAAGUGGUUGUCCUUCACGGCGCGUGACUCUCAGCGUGCUCCCAGCAUCCUUAUUCACUUUAUUAACAUGUUCCUCAUGCAGGGAGGCCCGGGACAGCCGCUCUACACGGGACAGAGAGGACUUCAGGUGUUCCUGUUGCUCAUCGCUCUUCUCAGUGUUCCUGUGCUGCUGUUGGGGAAGCCGCUCCACCUCUACUGGCUUCAUAAGGGCAGAAAUCGCUUGAGCAUGUACCGGGGUUACCAGCGUGUACGCCGCAGCAGCGACGAAGAGAUCUCGUUGAUGCGAGCCCAAGAUCUAGAGGAAGGCACCAGCCUGGACAGUCACUCCAGCAGUUCUGACAGCCAAUCAGAAGAGUUUGACUUUGCGGACGUCUUACUGCACCAGUCCAUACAUACCAUCGAGCACUGCCUAGGCUGCAUCUCCAACACCGCGUCCUACCUCCGACUGUGGGCCCUGAGCCUGGCGCAUGCACAGCUGUCGGAGGUGCUGUGGGCGAUGGUGAUGCGUGUGGGUUUGCGUGUGGAUAACGGAGUUGGAGUUCUCCUCCUUGUCCCCGUCUUCUGUUUCUUUGCCGUCCUGACUGUCUCCAUCCUGCUAGUGAUGGAGGGACUUUCUGCUUUCCUACACGCGCUGCGUCUGCACUGGGUGGAGUUUCAGAAUAAAUUUUACAGCGGUGCUGGAACCAAGUUUUCUCCGUUUGCCUUCUGUCUCCUCCACCUGAGUUUUGAGAGCGAGGGUCUGCUCUGAACACUGUGAUUCUUCGUUGUGGAUCAGAUCUGAAUGUGGAUUCUGUACAACCUUCUCCUUUUACUGUGUGUAUUUAUAAAGUGUUGCACUGACUGCCUUACACCUCCAAUCAAACCCCGAGACUGUGAUCCAACUUUCCUCAAAUUUAUUUCACUUACCACCUUCUGACCUCCUCCAUCUUCUCUCUCUCUCUCUCUCUCUCUCUCUCUCUCUCUCUCUCUCUCUCUCUCUCUCCCUCUGUCUCUCUCUCUCUCUCUUUCUCUAUCUCUCACUCUUUCUUUCCCCAUCCUCUCUCUCUCUUUCUCUCUCUAUCCAGUUUUCCAUCUGUCUGUCCCUGAAAACUCCAUCAUUAAUUUUAAUAUAUACUUUUAUAAAAAAAAAAAAAAAAAACUGCAGCUGGAUUACAGAUGUGAUUCAGAUGUUAAGAAAAAAAAAACUGUCCUGCUGAAGGAAAGAAUAUAUAUGUAUUUUACAGCCAGAAGUGGGAGGAGUCUCGAGGUGCACACUGAUGACAUCAGGUUUCAGUGAUUUGUGUAAAAAGAAAAGCGGUGAUCUUUUGAACACUGCAAACUUUUUACAUUAUAAUUUCCUUCCACCAGUGAAAGACACCGAUUUCAGCUCUCGUUAUGAGAUUCAUUCGAGAGAUAGGUAAUAAAUAAAUAAAUAAAUAACACACUAGA